CGCCGCGGAGUCCCAGCGCUCAGAGCGCGGUGGCUGCCCGGAUCCAUCACCAUGUCUCUGCAGGCUGACUUUGACAGGGCCACGGAAGACGUGAGGAAACUGAAAACAAGACCAGAGGAUGAAGAACUGAAGGAACUCUAUGGGCUUUACAAACAAGCUAUCAUUGGAGACAUUAAUAUUGCGUGUCCAGUCAUGCUAGACUUGAAGGGCAAAGCCAAAUGGGAAGCCUGGAGCCUUCAAAAAGGGCUAUCCAAGGAAGAUGCCAUGACUGCCUAUGUUUCUAAAGCAAAAGAGCUGAUAGAAAAAUACGGAAUUUAGAAUCGAGCAUAGGAUAAAUGUUCACGGUGGUGUCAGAACCUGGCAUUUAGGGGGAAAUGGGUGGUGAACUCUGUAAAUUGGGUGUAUCUUUGCUCUUUGUGUGAACUAUAAUGCUUAGGAUUAUCUGGAAACUACAGAUAGUUAACUGAACUCGACUA